GCAUCUUCCUCCUCCCAGUCCGGCGGAGAGGAGUGGCGGAUCCGCCUCCUCAAGCGAGCAGGGGCGCACGGGGAUUCGAUCCAGGGAUCUCCUUGCGAGAGGCCGCCACCGUACCGACUCCAACCUGCAGCCUGUUCCAACUCAGAAAGUGACAGUUAUACAAGAAGAACCAGAUGCCACUGAAGAUGCCAACGUCCAACAGCGUGGAGGAGCCGGCUUCCCGUGUCAGAGUUGCGUGUACUUGCGGGCUACUUCACCGUCACCAACCCAUCUUAUUGUAGGGAUGGACAUAUGGAUUGAGUGGUACCCACCUGAAAGAUACACAUCUCAGCAGCCAAGAACUUCAAUAAAAAUGUAUAUCCCAACUCCUUUUAUAAUCUUGAAUGCUUCUCGGUCAACGUCGGUGUCACUUCCAGUCUUGGAUGCUACCAGGAUGCCAGGGAAGAGGUGUGAAAUUCUCAACUUAGGAAGGAACAUACAACCUGUAAUGUGUCGAUCACUAACUAAUAAACAGGAGUCUGAUGUUGGAAAGAAGCAACUGGUACCAAAGCAAAAGCAUCACGACUCCCCUUACAAAUCAAUGAAGUGUUCUAAUUCUAAUUCUGGCGAUCUAAGCACCGGUCCAAGCGGCUCUCCCUCGGCUAUGCCUGGAUGUCAUUGUGACACAAACAGUCAAUUCUGUUGUGCAACAUAA